AUGGAUACUUUGAAAUCCAUGCUAUUUACUUCAUUUUCAUCAUCUUCUUCUUCUUCCUCCUCCUCUGAUGAGGAGUCUGAUGAUGAAUAUAUGAUCACACUUUUAGCAGCUUAUGAGCAGAAUACUAGUAGUAUGCUUCAGAUUCUUAAGUCAAGUGAUAGCUCAAAGAAAAUAGGGGGUUCUGUUGUAGGUCACAAGUAUAUAUGUAGAGAUAGAAGGCAAGGUCAUGACAGAUUGUUUGCAGAUUAUUUUGCUGCAAAUCCAGUGUAUUCAGCUACAAUAUUUUGGAGACGUUUUCGAAUGCGUCGUCCUUUGUAUUUGCGAAUUUUGAAUGCAAUCGAAGCACAUAAUUCAUAUUUUAUUCAAAAACAAGAUGCAGCUCAUGUAGUUGGAUUAUCUGUCCUACAAAAAAUGACUUCAGCGAUGAGAAUAUUAUCAUACGGUGUCGCAGCAGAUGCAGUUGAUGAUUACAUACGUAUUGGGGAAAGCACUGCGAUUCAAAGUUUACAACAAUUUUGUUAUUCAGUGAUUGAAAUCUUUGGAGUAGAAUAUUUGAGAUCUCUGACACCAACUGACAUUGCUAGGUUACUUGCUAUUGGCGAGGUUCGGGGGUUUCCGGGUAUGUUGGGAAGUUUAGAUUGCAUGCAUUGGGAGUGGAAAAAUUAUCCAAAAGCAUGGCAAGGUCAAUACGUAGGCCAUCAAAAAAAGCCAACCAUUAUUCUUAAAGCAGUAGCUUCUUAUGACUUAUGGAUUUGGCAUGCAUUUUUUGGAAUGCCUGGGUCACACAAUGACUUGAAUGUAUUAGACCGGUCACCUUUGUUUUCUGAUCUUGCCCAAGGUAAGGCUCCCCCUGUCCACUACACUGUUAAUGGACAUAGUUACGAUAUGGGUUAUUACCUUGCUGAUGGUAUAUACCCGCAACGGGCAACACUGGUUCAAACAAUUUCUUCUCCCCAAGGAGCAAAGAGACAACAUUUUGCAAUGAUGCAAGAGUCUGCCAGGAAAGAUGUAGAGCGGGCAUUCGGAGUCCUCCAAUCUCGAUUCGCAAUUAUAGGUGGUGCUGUACAUUUUUGGGAUCCAAAAAUGCUUGCCAACAUAAUGAAAAUUUGCAUUAUAUUACACAAUAUGAUUGUUGAAGAUGAGAGGGAGGAGCACCUUGAUUUUGAUUAUGAAAUUUCAUCUCCCAACACACCAAUGCAACUUUCCUCUACUCCUACCAAUGACUUUGAAUCAUUUUUGUCUCGCCAUUUAGGUAUUAGGGAUAAAAAUGCAUAUCAUGCCCUCCAUAAUGAUUUAAUAGAACAUAUGUGGCAUCUUCGCGGUGAAAACUAG